UUUGAAAGUUGGUACAAUUAAUUUCUUUUUUCACAUUUCUCUCUCUUUAAUAAUAUAUCUCAAUCACUUCCUUGUUGUGUCUGCAUAUGCACCGAAACCCUAUAUAUUGCACACCCUCUUGCAUUGGCUUCUUCAUCUUCUCAACACAACACAAAUCACUACUUAGAUAAAUGGCCCUCUCAUUACGUAUCCACUUCUUUGUUGCACUUUCUCUCCUUGCUUGCUCUACCAAUGCACAACUUUCUACCGACUUCUAUGAUAAAACUUGUCCUAACCUUCAAAGCAUUGUGAGAAAUGCAAUGGAAAAAGCUAUCAAUGGAGAAGCUCGCCUUGGAGCCUCUAUACUUCGAUUGUUCUUCCACGAUUGUUUCGUGAAUGGUUGCGAUGCAUCAAUCUUAUUGGAUGACACUGGCACCUUCGUCGGUGAGAAAAAUGCAGUGCCUAACCAAAAUUCAGCGAGGGGUUUCGAAGUGAUUGAUACCAUUAAAACCAUCGUUGAAUCUGCUUGCAAUGGCACUGUCUCUUGUGCAGAUAUUCUUGCACUUGCAGCAAGAGAUGGGGUAGUUCUGCUUGGAGGGCCCUCAUGGGCAGUACCUCUAGGUAGAAGAGAUGCAAGAACAGCAAGCCAGAGUGCAGCCAACAACGAAAUCCCUUCUCCAUUCUCUGACCUUCCCACACUCACUUCCAUGUUCGCCGCCAAAGGCCUAAGCGCACGUGACCUCACCGUGCUCUCCGGCGGCCACACCAUAGGGCAAGCCCAAUGCCAGUUCUUCAGAACUCGCAUAUAUAACAAUAACAAUAACAACAACAACAAUAACAAUAUUGAUGCCGACUUUGCGGCAUCAAGAAGGGCCAUUUGCCCUCCCUUUGGUGGGGACUCCAAUUUGUCCCCUAUGGAAUCCCUCACUCCAAAUCACUUCGACAACUACUACUACUCAGAGAUUGUGGCUAACCGUGGCCUUCUCGACUCGGAUCAAGUGCUUCUUAGUGACCCUUUGGUCACGACUUAUAGUACCAAUAAUGCUGCUUUUUUCACUGACUUUGCUGAUGCUAUGGUUAAGAUGAGCAACAUCAGUCCUCUCACUGGGACUAGUGGAGAAAUCAGAAAAAAUUGCAGGCUUGUCAAUUGAUCGAUCAUGCAUGCAUGCACGUUCUUUUUCAUUUUCUCUUUAAUUAUUGUCACUUUUUUUUUUCUCUGUUCGCAUGUGGGGCUAAUAACAGGGGGAUGUUAGCAUUCGAAUAAAUGGUUUAUGAGAUAUUUUUGAAUGGAAAGAAGCACGUUGAUUUAGUUAGUGUUAUUCUUCCAUCAAAAUUAGAAUUUUAUCUUAGUAACAUGUGUUAAUAUGCAAUGAAAAUAUUUUUGUGCAUAUUACGUACUAAGGUAAAAUUUUAAUCCUCAUAAACGAACAAUAACAACAAUAUAUAUUUAUGAUAUUGCAUGUAAUAAAGUUUUGUCUCUUUUGAAUUUAUGUGAGGCAUAAAUUACAAGGUCUAGGUCGUAAAGUAUGACUAGAUCUUGGACAUAUUGGCAAUUGUAAUGUUGUUAGUGACUUUUUCCUUUGUUAAUUUGAAUGGUUCAAGUUGGAUUCAAAUUC